CCACCACAAUCAUUAUCAUCAUCACCACCACCACAAUCAUUAUCAUCAUCACCACCACCACAAUCAUUAUCAUCAUCACCACCACCACAAUCAUUAUCAUCAUCACCACCACCACCACCAUCAUUAUCAUCACCACCACCACCACAAUCAUUAUCAUCAUCACCACCACCACCACCACCACCACCAUCAUUAUCAUCAUCACCACCACCAUCAUUAUCAUCAUCAUCACCACCACAAUCAUUAUCACCACCACCACCACCAUCAUUAUCAUCAUCACCACCACCACAAUCAUUAUCAUCAUCACCACCACAAUCAUUAUCAUCAUCACCACCACAAUCAUUAUCAUCAUCACCACCACCACCACCACCAUUAUCAUCAUCACCACCACCAUCAUUACCAUCAUCACCACCACCACCAUCAUUAUCAUCAUCAUCACCACCACAAUCAUUAUCAUCAUCACCACCACCACCACAAUCAUUAUCAUCACCACCACCAGCCUUCCUGCAACUUCCCAGCAGUUGUCCGACAAUCCUUUCUGACCUCACCCCCAAAUGUUCAGCCACCCGUCCUCCAUCCAUUAAUGUGGGCCCAGCCAUGUACAUUAACUUCCUAAGGGUGAUGCCUUAG